AUGGAGAGGAAGCCACAUUUUGACAAUUUCUCUGAUGAUGAACUCAUAUCAUGGAAAGUAGAAGAUGCAACAGAUAGUGUUGAGGAAGUCUUUGGUACUUUGCCUGCAAAAAAAUUAUCAUACAAUAACCUGUUAAUCUGGAAAAAGAUUCAUUUCACUUUUAGAGGAUGGGAAGUUGCUUUAACUCCAAACAUUUCACACUUUUUUCUAUUUCCAGAAACUACAAUAGAUGAAAAAUGGAAGAAGGCGAUCACCAUCCUUAACAAAGAUGAUGAGCUAAAGUUAUGGAGACUAGUUAUGAAACUUCCUCCAGUGGGCUUCAUUUUAAAUCUGCAUGAAGGCCAGAGCCAACUUGCCUCAGUGCCAAGAACAACUCAUUCAUUCACAGCUCCUAAUGACUCAUUUGGCUCUGCAUUGAAACAAGUUAUAUCAGAUGAGCCAAAUUUCCUAUUUUUUUUUUUACAGCAUCAGGUUCAAUGGGAAGCCGUUAAAUCUUUCUGGAGAAACGUCAAGCUUGAGGAAAUACAAUUUGGUUUUGAUCAAUCUUUAGCUGGAAAUGAUGCUCAAGUUAUCAUGAACCAGAAGAGGUUAGAUCGUUUAUUGAAAAAGAAGAGAGAGGAUUCCUGUUCUGUAACCGAUGAUGUUACAGACAAGAACAACAUAGAUGCCUGUUCUGUAACCAAUGAUGUUGCAGACAAGGAUGAUACAGAUGCAUUACCCACUAAAAAAAACCGUACUGAUGGUGUUGGUUUUGUGACUAAUGCUGAUAAAUUUCAAUUUGUAUAUGUGGAGGGAAAUUAUCAAUUAAAUGAAGUUGAUAGCACUAAUUUACAUGGUAAUUUUCAUAGAUGCAAAGAUUUGUAUAUUUUUAUGAAGUAUAUUGAAGUGGGUGCUGUUGGUUCAGAUGUAACAAUAUCCUUUGAUGAAGCAAGAACUAAAUAG